CAAAGUAGCGUGUUCAUUCACAACUGUAGGAGUCUUUGUGAGUCGCACUACCGAGCAUUAGACACCCCAUGCACCUGAAACUCACCACCAAAAAUCCCACCGGGCCCCCACAUUUCCUCCUGCCUGCUCUUCCGUGCUGCCCAGCCUUACAACACAAAAUCAGUUUCUGUGUGUGUUGCUUCACUGAUGAAUCCUCGUCUGCUUAGUCGUCAGGGAAUUGCCCAGCUUCUCAACUUUCUGCUGGUGCUGUCGAGUGCGUUUAUGGGCUACAAGACGCUCGGCAUGUUCACCAACUCGGACUGUCCUGUUGUCGUUGUGCUGUCAGAGUCUAUGGAACCGUCGUUUAAGCGUGGUGACAUUUUGUUGCUGGACAAUCGAAUGCCCAAACUGGAGCCCACGGACCAACCACAGUCAUUGUGGUCAAAAAUAAUAUACGGUUCGCCUGUCGGCAUCGGCGAUAUUGUUGUGUAUAACCUGCCUCAUCGUGCUAUUCCUAUUGUUCAUCGUGUCACCAAGUUGUAUGAUGAUGGCAACCAAACAAAGCUCAUUACCAAGGGCGAUAACAACCAGGUGGACGACGUCAACUUGUUUCCUCGGAGCAUGACUUACUUGGACAGAGAGAACGACGUCUCUGGAAUCGUCCGUGGUUACGUUCCCUACUUGGGAAUGAUUACCAUCCUAUUGACCGACUAUCCCAAGUUCAAGUAUCUGCUCCUCGGCACUCUUGGUCUUUUUACGCUUGUGCAGGGUGAGGACUAGACGAGAUUCGCAGAGCCGCAUGGUCGAUUUGGUUUAUUGCUGAGCACAGCUGCAUCUGUCUCUGCUGCCUCUAUCGCCGACCCUACUACGACCCUACGACCCUCCUUUCUUCUACCCACCCAGACCAGCGGGGGCAGUAUGGCUGUGACCUCCACCACGCUUCAGCGUGCUACAGUUCGCUAUCUUGUCUUCUUCCUCUCUGGGCUGCACUAUUCCAUGUAACGUGUUAUGUCUGCAUCGUAGUAAUUCGAUAAAAAUAUAGUGUUAAUCACGGCAACACACUAAACCA